AAUUAAAGAUGUUUUUACAAAAUCUAGACUUUUUUCUUUGUAUUUUGCUGGAAGUUUUACAGAUAUUUACUUCUAUACGAAUUUGUUCUUAUUGUUUCUCUGGACCAACUUUUUCAAAAAUGGUGUUUCUUCACUCAUUUCUUCUAUUUGAUUUUGAAACCGCAAAUCAUGUUAAACGAUUCUCAGAAAAGGAAACAACACUCUUACAGCUUCAAAAUCUCCUGGACGAAGCUAUUCUGAAAGAAAUAUUUUCUUCUAUAAGAAAACAAGAGCGUAAUUCAACCAGUAAAGAAGCAACUCCAAAGCCUCCGACAAUUUUGAAUAGCAAACCAAAACCUCCUAGUAAACCAUUGUCGCCAAAACCACCAAUACCAAGCUUUGAAGACCGUUUCCAAGAAAUUGCAAUAACUCCAAAUAAAUCGCCUUUGGAGUACAAUCCUCAAAAGCCAUCAUUUGCUGGUUCCUUUUCAAAUGGACAAUUGUCCCAGCUUAUACCUCCUGGUAAUCCAUUGCCUACUUCAAAAACAACUUUUGAAGACAGAAUUCAACAAAUUAACCAUUUAAAGUCCGAUAAGAAAAAUCCUAUCAUACAACCAGUCAAACCAUGGCCCACAAACCACUUCACUAUAAUUUUUGAAGAUAAAUUCCAAGAAAUUAUUACUUCAACCACAACCCAACGUCCUUUUGCGGGACAAUCGACUAAUGUUCAACUAAGUCAAUUGGCAGAUGAUUCAAUUCCAACGUUCGAGGAUAAAUUCCAAGAAGUUUUACCAUCCUCAUCAAAAUCACCUUUGGAGUAUAAUGGUCAGAGGCCUAGUUUUGCUAGUCAAUUUUCUAAUGGACAGCUUAGCCAAUUGAUACCGUCUAGAAAUCCUUUACCUGCAGGUCCCUCAAGCUCUGUUCCAGUUAAAGAUCGCUUCGAAGAUGACAGUGAAGAGCCACAAAUAGCUCUACCAACCGCAACUAAAUCUCCUCUAGAGUAUCAUGGUCAGAGACCUAGUUUUGCUGGACAGUUUUCGAACGGGCAACCUAGUCAAUUGGUACCCUCUAAUCCUUUACCAGCUGGUUCUUCGAGCUUUAUUCCAGUCAAAGAUCGCUUUGAAGAUGAUAAUGACGAGCCACAAAUAGCUUCAUCAACCACAACUAAAUCCCCUCUGGAGUAUCAUGGUCAGAAACCUAGUUUUGCUGGACAAUUUUCUAAUGGACAACCUAGCCAAUUGAUACCCUCUGGAAAUCCUUUACCGGCAGGUCCUUUGAGCUCUGUUCCAGUCAAAGAUCGCUUCGAAGAUGACAGUGAAGAGCCACAAAUAGAUCUAUCAACCACAACUAAAUCUCCUCUGGAGUAUCAUGGUCAGAAACCUAGUUUUGCUGGACAAUUUUCUAAUGGACAACCUAGUCAAUUGGUACCCUUUGGAAAUCCUUUACCACCAGGUCCUUCGAGCUCAGUUCCAGUCAAAGAUCGCUUCGAAGAUGAUAAUGAUGAGCCACAAAUAGCUCUAUCAACCACAACUAAAUCUCCUCUGGAGUAUCAUGGUCAGAGACCUAGUUUUGCUGGUCAAUUUUCUAAUGGACAACCUAGCCAAUUGAUACCGUCUGGAAAUCCUUUACCUGCAGGACCAUCGAGCUCUGUUCCAGUUAAGGAUCGCUUCGAAGAUGACAGUGAAGAGCCACAAAUAGAUCUAUCAACCACAAUUAAAUCUCCUCUGGAGUAUCAUGGUCAAAAACCUAGUUUUGCUGGUCAAUUUUCUAAUGGACAACCUAGCCAAUUGAUACCUUCUGGAAAUCCUUUGCCAGCAGGUCCUUCAAAGUCUGUUCCAGUCAAAGAUCUUUCGGAAGAAAAUGACGAACAUGCAAAAGCUGUUUCAAUAGCAAAUGAGUCUUCUCUGGAGAAUAUUCUCGUGAAACCGCGGCCAGUAAUUUCAAAAAUGAGUUAAUAUGGUUCACCCAACUUAAUACUAAACAUUAUUUUAAGGUUAAGGUUAAAUAGGUACGUACUGUUGUUAUAAAUAAUUUAUUCUUCUGCAUUAUACUUUAUUAAGCUUUUGAUUGUUGUCUUUUUCAAAUGGUUGGUUUUUUUAGGAGCUUUUGAGAUUGAUUAUAUCAAAACUUGGAAAAAAGGGUUUGUGGUUUGUCGUAGAUUAGUAUUAGGCAUUCCAGGUCACGUGACUUUGACAGGUCCGCUGGGGGGCAAACAAAGCCUAGAUCAGUAUUUACACCGUUCUUUCAGAUUGUGUUUCCGAAUUUUUGCGUUCUUAAAUUCUUUCAAUAAGUUUUAAGUUGUUUUUGUGGUAGAAUGGCUAACAUUGACUAUUAUUCAUCGUUAGCUAGUGAUGUGAAAUGUCGGUAUGACCAAAAAAUACAAAUAAUUGCCAAUAUAGAUCCCUAUAAACUUCUACCUAAUGAGUUUACUUUAAGUAUCAAUGAGUUGCCAGAGGCUUCAAUUUUGGAUUUAUCCGAAUAUUUGACCCACACCCACAGUUACUACACAGGCUUGCAGUUGAAGGCGUAUAAAGGAUUAUUCAAGUUCUGCUGGACUACCUAAAAGGUAUUAAAAGUAAAUAUUACUUGUAGAAACAAAC